GAGGAAGAUGUGGAGACAGAACUUGAUGUUGAAACACUUGAUGAUGUAGAAACACUCGAUGAAGUUGAUAUAGAGGAUGAUGUCGACACAGAACUUGAAGUUGAUACGCUUGAAGACGUCGACAAAGACGACGAAGUUGAGACACUUGUGGUAGUUGGUGUUGACACACUCGAUGAUGUUGAUACUGACGAGGAUGUGGACACAGAGCUUGAGGUCAAUGUACUUGAUGAUGUGGACACAGAAGAAGAAGUUGAGACACUUGAUGAUGUCGACAGCGAGCUUGAAGUUGACACACUUGAUGACGUCGACACAGAGGACGAUGUUGACACGCUUGUUGUGGUUGGUGUGGAAACACUAGAGGAUGUUGAUGUAGAGGACGAUGACGACACUGAGCUCGAAGUGGACACACUUGAUGAUGUCGAAACAGACGACGAUGUCGAAAUGCUAGUUGUGGUUGGUGUUGAAACACUUGAUGACGUUGAUAUCGAGGACGAUGUGGAGACAGAACUUGAAGUCGACACACUCGACGACGUCGAAACAGACGACGAAGUCGAGAUACUUGUGGUGGUUGGUGUCGAAACACUUGAUGAUGUUGAUAUUGAGGAAGAUGUGGAGACAGAACUUGAUGUUGAAACACUUGAUGAUGUAGAAACACUCGAUGAAGUUGAUAUGGAGGAUGAUGUCGACACAGAACUUGAAGUUGAUACGCUUGAAGACGUCGACAAAGACGACGAAGUUGAGACACUUGUGGUAGUUGGUGUUGACACACUCGAUGAUGUUGACACCGAUGAAGAAGUGGACACAGAGCUUGAGGUCGAUGUACUUGAUGAUGUGGACACAGAAGAAGAAGUUGAGACACUUGAUGAUGUCGACAGCGAGCUUGAAGUUGACACACUUGAUGACGUCGACACAGAGGACGAUGUUGACACGCUUGUUGUGGUUGGUGUGGAAACACUGGAGGAUGUUGAUGUAGAGGACGAUGACGACACUGAGCUCGAAGUGGACACACUUGAUGAUGUCGAAACAGACGACGAUGUUGAAAUGCUAGUUGUGGUUGGUGUUGAAACACUUGAUGACGUUGAUAUCGAGGACGAUGUGGAGACAGAACUUGAAGUCGACACACUCGAAGACGUCGAAAUAGACGACGAAGUCGAGAUACUUGUUGUCGUUGGUGUCGAAACACUUGAUGAUGUUGAUACUGAGGAAGAUGUGGAGACAGAACUUGAUGUUGAAACACUUGAUGAUGUAGAAACACUCGAUGAAGUUGAUAUGGAGGAUGAUGUCGACACAGAACUUGAAGUUGAUACGCUUGAAGACGUCGACAAAGACGACGAAGUUGAGACACUUGUGGUAGUUGGUGUUGACACACUCGAUGAUGUUGACACCGAUGAAGAAGUGGACACAGAGCUUGAGGUCGAUGUACUUGAUGAUGUGGACACAGAAGAAGAAGUUGAGACACUUGAUGAUGUCGACAGCGAGCUUGAAGUUGACACACUUGAUGACGUCGACACAGAGGACGAUGUUGACACGCUUGUUGUGGUUGGUGUGGAAACACUAGAGGAUGUUGAUGCAGAAGACGAUGACGACACUGAGCUCGAAGUGGACACACUUGAUGAUGUCGAAACAGACGACGAUGUUGAAAUGCUAGUUGUGGUUGGUGUUGAAACACUUGAUGACGUUGAUAUCGAUGACGAUGUGGAGACAGAACUUGAAGUCGACACACUCGAGGACGUCGAAAAGGACGACGAAGUUGAAAUACUUGUCGUGGUCGGUGUUGAAACAGUCGAUGAUGUUGAUACUGAGGAAGAUGUGGAGACAGAACUUGAUGUUGAAACACUUGAUGACGUAGAAACACUCGAUGAGGUUGAUAUGGAGGAUGAAGUCGACACAGAGCUUGUUGUGGAAACACUUGAUGACGUCGAUACAGACGACGAUGUUGACACAGAGCUUGAUGUGGACACACUUGAUGAUGUCGACACAGACGACGACGUUGAGACACUCGUUGUGGUUGGCGUUGACACACUGGAUGAAGUCGACACAGAGGAUGAUGUCGAAACACUCGUCGUUGUUGGUGUUGAGACACUCGAUGAUGUCGAUACGGAGGAUGAAGUGGAUACAGAGCUUGAGGUUGAGAUACUAGAUGACGUUGACACAGACGAAGAUGUUGAAACACUCGUUGUGGUCGGCGUUGACACACUCGACGAGGACACAGACGAUGAUGUUGUAACCGAACUAUAAGUGGACACAUUACAUUAGAGGAUCUCAUAAUCAUUAUUUAUUUGUAGAGACUUUUAUGGUGUAUGACUGAAGUAACAGGCAUAACUAUUGCAGAUAUUUAUAACCUUAACCUUAAGUGGAGGUUAACCCUUUAAGCCUUAAGAGUGAUCAGCAUCAAAUUUCUUUUUGUAAUAUCAAUGCUUUGUAAAACAGAGUAAUCAUGAGAAUUACGGACAUGAUCACACAAGAUGAAUUUACCUGAUAUUUUAUCAACUUCUCCCCACUACUUCUGUAGGAAAUGAAUAGGGGCAACAAAGGAGAAUUCGAUUCCCCCCCUUAAACCUGAUUAGUUCACUAACUCGGAUCAUUAUACGUUUCUGAGAAACUGCCCACCUACCCCUCCUCUAAGCCAACAUUUUGCCCUAAGUGAGAAGUAAGCGUAAAUGUUCGCUUAGGGGAGGGGGGGUAGGCAGUUUUCCACCAGUGUCAAUGGAUAUUCGCAUUCUGGUCUUUAUUAAAACUUUGAAAAACCGUGGAAAGGUCGAUUUUUAAAGAGACUCUAACUUUGUUCAAGCUGCGUUAAGCAAAACACCAUUAAACGCUUAAAAUGGUCAAGUUGUGAUUACCAGUUACAGCCAAGAAUACUAAUACCUUAAAAUUAUGCGUUGAAAAAAGUGAUUAGUUGUGAUUAUUGGUAAUAAGUAGAGAAUAAUUACGAAUUAAUUGUUACAAAAAAUUGUUAAGAUUUUAAUUUAUGAUAAAUAGUUACAGUAAUUUGCAACAUCACCAUUAAAGAUUUUUAAUUUAUGAUAAACAAUUACAGAUUAACAUAGUUAAACCCCUUCUCACCUAGUUGUUGGAAAAGACAGGGUUAUAAUAAUUUCUGAGCUUUGUGAUAAUGUUGUGUACACUUUUGAGAUUUCUGUUUCCGUCUGAAGUUUAUGAGCUGUUGUGGUCCUAAAAAAACAAUUUUUCGACUUGAACAAAACAACGUCUUUAAAAUAAUUAUUUUGUUUGACAUCGAAUUAAAUAAGUACUUACAAAGGCAUUAUGAUUGUAAAAGCUUACAUUUGAAUUUACCAUUCCACAGUCACUUUGUUAGGAAAAAUGAUGGUAAUCUGAUAUUGAUUUGUUUAUAGAUAUUGUGAUUCCGUUGAGUAUUUAGUUUGUUAAAAAAACGCAAUUCAUAAUUCAACCCCAAAAGCGUUAUCAUUAUUACCUUAUAGAACUUGACGUUGAUACGGAGCUUGUCGUCGAUACAAUCGACGACGUGGACACAGAACUUGAGGUCGACACACUAGAUGAUGUCGAUAUUGAAGACGACGUCGACACUGAGCUUGAAGUCGAAACACUG